UCAAUGUUUCCCCGCCCCAAAUCUUUUCUCAAGCCCUGCAGUAUGGUUUUCGGCGGCUCUGCCGCUCCUCCGCCUGUCCUUUUGAUGUCGAUGUCCCUGGCUGCAAUGGUUGAUGGUCAUGAUGUUCUCCCGGAAUGCGGCGAACUCAUCGGCGGGACUGGAGGGGGGGCGGGGCUUGCGCUUGGCGAACAUCUUGAGAAAGUCCAUGGUCUUCUUUCCCCAUCUGCCGAAUGUCUCCGCGGCGAGGCACAAAGCGGAAGCCAGCUGCUUGGGCGGUUGGACCAU